UUGAGCAUCACGCGUUGACAGAUCAGCCACAAUUGCGCGUACAUGAAUGCUCUCUCAGUUAAUCUGUACCGUUCAGUCUAAUCUAAAAUAUUUGAGCAGACAGUCGAACCUCGAGUCAACAGUUCAACGGUUUCACAUGUCAAUACGAGAGGGAUAAUAAUAAUAAGUCUCAGUUAUCGUUCGGUCGUUCGAUCAUUUCGAGUUCUAUUAUUAAGAGUGGUCUUAAUUGAAAGCUUAAUUGUUAUGGCAUCGAAAAAAUUUAUCAAUUCGGUUGAUAAUGUUGUCCAUGAGACACUGACUGGAUGGUGCGCUGUUUAUCCGGGAUUGAAUUAUCAUUCAUUGAAGAGAGUUGUAGUUGGUUCAGAUUAUAAUGGAAGAGACACAAAAAAAGUAUCCAUUAUCUCUGGUGGAGGGAGUGGACACGAGCCCUUUACUGCAGGAUUUGUCGGGAGCGGAAUGCUCAGUGCUAGCGUCGCUGGCUCUAUUUUUGCUGCACCACCACCUAAUCACGUUCUCCAUGCACUUAAAUGUGUUCGAGGAGAUGCCGGCACUUUAGUAAUCAUUCCGAAUUACACUGGAGACUGUUUGAAUUUCGGUAUUGCAAUCGAAAGAGCUAGGCAGGAAGGUCUGAAGAUUGCAGAAAUAGUAAUUGGCGAGGACUGCAGCAUUCCCAGUACCGAACAAGGCAGAGCAGGAAAACGAGGACUUGUGGGCAUGCUCUUCGUGAUGAAAAUUGCAGGAGCCCUCUCACAGAGAAGUAAAUCACUGGAGGAAAUUCAUCAACAUGCUAAAAUUGUUUCUGAAAACAUUGCGACGUACGGAGUCGGCUUGAAGGCUUGCGCUCUACCGGGACAAGGACCCAUGUUCACAUUACCAGAUGAUGAGAUGGAAGUCGGUCUGGGGGUUCAUGGCGAGGCUGGAUACAACAGAAUGAGGAUUAAGGAGGCGAGGGACAUUGUUGCCAUUAUGUUGGAAAAAAUUUGCCAGUCAUUGUCGUUGAGGGAGGGAGACGAUGUCGCUGUUAUCAUCAAUAAUUUCGGAGGUACCAGCCAACUGGAGCAGGGGAUUGUGGCUCAUGAAGUGGUUGAUCAAUUGAAAAAGAAGAGAAUAAAUCCAGUGAGAAUUUACUCUGGAGUGCUCAUGACAUCUCUGGACAGUUCUGGAGUCCACGUAUCUAUUCUGAAACUCCCUCAGGCUCAUAGAGAUCUCUACAUUCAGUGCUUGGAUGACCCCACUGAAGCUCCCUGCUGGCCAGGAUGUAAAUACAGUUUGCCCUCGAAAUCAACUACACAAUUUGGAGAGGAGAGUCAUGCAACUGUUCCUAAAAUGGGGAAACAACUCGGAAAUGAGGCGACUAGGAUUUUAAAGGAAUGCUUGAGGAAUGCUUGUGAGGCAAUUGCCAAGAAUGAAGAGAAAUUAAAUAAUUUGGAUCGUGGGUGUGGAGAUGGGGAUUGUGGAUCUACUCAUAAAACACUAGCUGAUGGAAUUAUUUCAUCAUUGGAAACAUUGAAAAUAUCUCACCCUGCUUCUGCACUGAUCGAGCUCUCUAGAAUUGCUGAGGAGCACAUGGGAGGUACCUCAGGGGCUGUUUAUAGUUUAUUCUUCGCAACAGCUGCAGCAGCACUGGCUAAAAAUUCGUCUGAGGACAACUGGACGAAAUUGUUGGCUAACGCCUGGAGGAGCGGUAUUGAUGGAGUGAUGAGGUACAGUAAAGCUCAGCUUGGAGAUAGAACAAUGUUAGAUGUCUUGGAACCAGCUUGGAAAGCAUUCAACGAUAAUUCAACGAAAUCCCUCAAAGAAGCACUCCAGGCCGCAGCAGAAGCUGGACAAAAAGGCUGUGCAGCAACUGAGAAAAUGCUCCCCAAAGCUGGGAGAGCAUCCUACGUGAAAAAUACGGAUUUCCUCACAAACGUCGAUGCUGGAGCGUUCGGAGUCGUGAUCUGGUUGACAGCAGUGUCAGAAACAAUAUCGAAACUUCAAUAAAGAGAAAUUAAAAUAAUAAGACAGUUUGUAUAUAAAAAGCCUCUUUGGUUUACAGAAUUUAAUAUCAUGAAUAUUUUACACAUUUAUAUCGAGAAUCAGGGAAUACAAAUGUUCUAACAAUGAUUUUUAUGAAAAAUCAGUAGAGAACUGGUCUCGCACAUCUUACAUUUCCUCAGUAAUAAAUGAUUGAAUACCAAUUUA